AGAAGGAGUAUUAGAGGAGGGAGCAGAAAGAACUGAGAUUGCAGAAACUCAGUAUUGAAGAGAGAGAGAGAGAGAGAGAGAGAGAGAGAGACGGAAAUGCAUUUUGUGAACACUGGAGCUUCUUCUCUUCAGUCUCAGUCUCAAUCUCAAUCUCAAUAAUAACAAUAAUAUAAACAGUAAUAAAUCCCUUUGAAAUCAAAACGACGCGUUACUUGAGUUUGAUGUGUAUGCGUGUUUCGUCGUUUCCACUUGCUGCUAUUGUUGUUAUUAUUGUUGAUUAGCCUCACUUGUUCGUUCCUUCUUUCGCGACCACACGUAACCGUUGGAUUUCGUUGAUGGCUUCGACCACCACCUCCUCCCUCUGCACGUGGCUCGUCGCGGCUUGCAUGUCAGUCACGUGCGACGCCGACCGCAGCAGAACCCCUAACGCAAUGUUCCGCUCCUCCAAGAAGUCCCGCACUUCCCAAUUCAACGUUUCCUCUCUUUCUGGAUCCGCUCAUUCUGGUAAAACAAUGGCUGUAGCUUUGCAACCUGCCCAAGAGGUCACAACAAUAAAAAAACCUCAUACGAAGCAAAGGCGAGUAGUUGUGACAGGAUUGGGAGUGGUUACACCACUUGGGCAUGAUCCAGAUAUCUUCUACAAUAAUUUGCUCGAUGGUGUUAGUGGCAUAAGCGAGAUUGAAACAUUUGAUUGUGCAGAAUAUCCCACAAGGAUUGCUGGUGAAAUCAAAUCUUUCUCAACUGAUGGCUGGGUAGCACCAAAGCUUUCAAAGCGAAUGGAUAAAUUUAUGCUCUAUAUGCUGACAGCUGGUAAAAAAGCCUUGGUUGAUGCUGGAAUUACUGAAGACUUAAUGGAUCAGUUAAAUAAAGAAAAGUGUGGAGUUCUGAUUGGCUCGGCAAUGGGUGGCAUGAAGGUUUUCAACGAUGCCAUUGAAGCUUUACGAAUCUCAUAUAAGAAGAUGAAUCCUUUUUGCGUACCUUUUGCAACAACAAAUAUGGGUUCUGCCAUGCUUGCUAUGGAUCUGGGAUGGAUGGGCCCUAAUUAUUCUAUUUCUACUGCUUGUGCUACCAGUAACUUUUGUAUAUUGAAUGCAGCAAACCAUAUCAUUAGGGGUGAAGCUGAUGUGAUGCUCUGUGGUGGCUCAGAUGCUGCUAUUAUACCAAUUGGUUUGGGAGGCUUUGUGGCCUGCAGGGCACUCUCACAGAGGAAUACCGAUCCUACCAAAGCUUCACGCCCUUGGGACAUUAACCGUGAUGGAUUUGUCAUGGGAGAAGGGGCAGGAGUUUUGCUCUUAGAAGAACUGGAGCAUGCUAAGAAAAGAGGUGCAAACAUAUAUGCUGAAUUCCUUGGUGGAAGUUUCACCUGUGAUGCAUAUCAUGUGACUGAGCCACGUCCUGAUGGGGCCGGUGUUAUACUUUGCAUUGAAAAGGCAUUAGCUCAGUCUGGAGUAUCAAAAGAGGAUGUGAAUUACAUAAAUGCACAUGCCACAUCCACACCAGCUGGAGAUCUUAAAGAGUACCAAGCUCUAAUACAUUGUUUUGGUCAAAACCCCGAGUUAAAAGUGAAUUCUACAAAAUCCAUGAUUGGUCAUCUACUAGGGGCAGCUGGCGGUGUGGAAGCUGUAGCCACAGUACAGGCAAUUAGGACAGGGUGGGUUCAUCCGAAUAUCAACCUAGAAAACCCAGAUACAGGAGUGGAUGCCAAAGUGCUUGUUGGCUCAAAGAAAGAGAGACUGGAUAUCAAGGCAGCCUUAUCAAACUCAUUUGGUUUUGGGGGUCACAAUUCUUCAAUCAUAUUUGCACCGUUCAAGUGAAAAAGAUUUUAUAGGGAACUACUUUGUUAUUUAUCAUAAGUUGGUGAGUAGCGAGAGAGUUAUUGCAUACUAACUGGAGGUUUGGUUGGGUGAGAAAAAAUGCGGUUGGAGAGAAAAAAUGUUUGUUGGGAUGAGAGAGAGAGAGAGAGAGAGAGUGUGGUGGGAGAGAAUGAGUGAGUCACUAUCUAUAAAAUCCUAUCUUUACCAUGCAUGGCUACAGUAGGAGUUGACCCACUUUUGAUGUAACCCUUUAACAACCAUUUUUAUGGGAUACACUUUCUUUUCUUUCAUUCCCAUGUACAAACAAAUAGACCCAAUUUCACUGCCUGGGCAUUCGCCAAUAACCAAUUUUAUUACUCAUUUUUUUCUAUUUA